AUGUGGUCAAGGCCCUCCAACGACACGUCGUGCUCGACAGCGACGGACCAGCAGUCGAUGACGAUCUCGGCGACCCGGGAAAAUUCCAACAGUGAUGAAAGCAGCAACGUAACAGCAGAAGACAUACUAAGGAAGCCUUGGAAGUAUGUUGGCUACCAAGGUUACGCCAGCUUCAUCGCCGCCGACGAUGACUUCCUCAUCUUUCGAUGUUUAAAGGACCUGAAUGCCCGCAUCGCUCUGUUAUUCCAGGACGAACUAUCGGUCCUGGAAAGGGACUUGUCCGAGUUGGACGAAAGUAUCAGAGACAAGAUACGGCGGUACAAUGACUUCAUCCUGCAACAGGCCGCGAUGAAGAAGUAUCAACAAGCACCAUCCCGGGACGUGAAGUCCAUCCGAAACUGGCACUACAACCACGACCACGUGGCCAUCGAUCUCGACGAACAGGCCUACCUCGACGAACAGGCCUACCUCGACGAACAGGCCUACCUCGACGAACAGGCCUACCUCGACGAAGCGGACGACCUGAUCUGUCUGGCACAGAAGGACAAGACGCCCCUGCGCCGGCUGAUCGACCACUCGCAUCGCCUGCGCACGCUCUCCAUAUGGCGGCAGAGGCCAGAGACCAGCAAGACGCGAGAUCAUGACACCGACCCCGGCCCCGUUGCCUACUACUCGGACAAGCGCAUCGACGGGUUCGCAUCGGGCCUCAUCGCCGCGGCCGGCGUCGCCGUGCUCAUCACGCCGAUCUGGAUCGUGCAAGCGCUGGGCGACGCAACCGCCAAGCUGGUCAUUAUGACGGUGUUCAUAUUCGUGUUUCUCAUCAUCCUAUCGUUCGCCAUGGUCACGAAGCCGUUCGAGGCGCUGGGCGCGACUGCUGCGUAUGCAGCGGUAUUGAUGGUGUUGCAGUUCGGUGGCAGCUCGACAACGUGA